CAAAACCUAUUCGAUGGAAAGUAUGGAACCUGCAGUGAUUUUGACAGAGAAGAUUAAGAGCAAACUUACAGUAUUUUUGGAUCAUAAUGAAGCGUCUGAAAACUCCAAAGAAAUACAAAAUAUGUUAAGUACAGAGGGGAGCAGGUUCAUCCCAUUUAGAUUGAUAAAGUAUGCAUUUGACAAGCAUCAGUGUAUAGGAGAAACCAAAGAAUACCUCAAUGAAUGGUUGGAAGGAAGUAUACUUCACAUACCAGCUUAUGAACCACCAGAGAGGAAUCAAGAACUUGAGGCAAGGAUACAACGCUUAAAAGCAGAACAGGCUAAUAGAGACUACAAAGCAAUGGUCAGAAGUGUAGACAAAGAACAGAAAAUGGAAAGAGAGAAUAUUGGGGCAGAAGUGAAAGCAAUGAACACACAUAUUUGGUCAUUUAUAAACUUUGUGAUAACGGUGGUUGGAGCUUUUGCAUUUGGAUACAAAGCCACAGAGUAUACCUUCAGUGGAGGAAAUGCAUUUAUAGCACAAAUGGUAACUGGACUCAUAUUUGCAACAAUAGUGUUUUUUGCUGAUCUUUACUUUAUGGUUAAACAAAUAUCAUGACAAAGGGCCAAUAUAUGUUACUCACAUAUAUAUACAUAAAAUAUUUAAUUUAGAAGUAAAAAUGACAGCAAUUUUUAUUAUAAAAUGCAACACAAUAUAAUAUAGUAUUAUUCAGAUUAUAUAUUUAUAAACAUUCAAAAGGAAAAAACAGCAAUUUUUGU